AUGUGCAUAUUUGGUUAUGUCCUUUAUUAUGAAGAAAAUUAUAAGUUAACAUUAUUUGGGCAGGAUACUUCCAAACAUUUGGCAAAUUACACCAAAAUGGAGACCACCAUUAAUAUUUCAGAAUGUCUCAGGGAUGAAAAUUAUGAGUCUUUCAAAGCCAUCAAGUCUUCCAAAAGCAUGUGGACUAUAUCCCCAAAUGGGAGGUUUGGUAACCUAAUGGGACAAUAUGCAACAUUAUUUGCUUUGGCCAGAUUAAACAGGAAACAAGCCUACAUUUUUCCAAGAAUGGCUGAUAGCUUAUCUCGGAGCUUCAAGCUUACUCUUCCCACCCUUCACAAAGAGGUUAAGGACAAGAUUCCUUGGCAAAACUAUUACCUUGCUGACUGGAUGGAUGAAAAGUAUAAAAAUAUCUUAGGAGACCACAUUAAAUUCUUUGGAUAUCCAUGUUCUUGGACAUUUUAUCAUCACAUCCGAGAAGAAAUCCUUCGUGAAUUCUCUUUUCACGAUUUCAUCACAAAAGAGGUCAACAUGUGGUUGAGAAAUAUAACAGGACAACGUCAAAAUGUUACUUAUGUUGGUGUUCAUGUUCGAAGAGGAGAUUAUGUGCAUGUUAUGCCACAGGUGUGGAAGGGGGUCAUUGCAGAUAGAAACUACUUAGAGCAAGCCAUGUUCUAUUUCAGGAAUAAGUACAAGGAUGUUGUCUUCAUAGUGACAAGCAAUGGAAUAGAUUGGUGUCGGGAAAAUAUUGAUGCCUCCAAGGGGGAUGUUUACUUCUUAGGAGAUGGCAAUGAAUCUAAGCCCCAUAGAGACUUUGCCAUUCUUGCUCACUGCAACCAUACCAUAAUGACCAUUGGCACUUUUGGAUUCUGGGUCAGCUACCUUGCUGGCGGGGAGGUCAUCUACCUCACAAAUUUCACUUUGCCUGGAUCACCUUUCCUAAGAGUGUUUAAGUAUGAGGCAGCCUUCCUGCCAGAAUGGAUCGGGAUUGCUGCUGAUCUCUCACCUCUCCUGAACAAGAAGCCUAGCACUUAA